AAUCAGCAUAACAGCUUUUCAUCUCUGGCUAGGCUUCCCAGUGACCAAAGCUUUACUUUCCGAUUUCCAUACCAUGUAAAGACAUCAGGGUGAGCACUAGGGCCCUGAGAACCCCGGAAGCUACUUCUUGACUGGGAUAGGGCCGGUUGCCCGGUGCGCUGUGAGUGGUCCUCCCUGGAGAUGCUGGGAGAAGGGGCGGAGCCAUCAGAAAGGAUGAGCCUUCCAUGGGCCUUCGGAUCUGGUGGGGCUGCCACUUUGGGAAGAGCCCCGGGCUUCGGAAGAAAGCAAAACUAGCCUUGUGGCGAAGAAGGAGCCCAGCUGGCCCCAGGCUGUUAAGACUAAGGGGUCGACGGAAAAGAGGCAGAGCCUGAAACCAAAUCUGCGGAGCAAGCCAAGGCCUGGGGACUUGCCAGAGGAAAGGGUUAAGCCGUUUCCAAGGCAACGGACCAGGAAGCGCGCAAGACGUCCGCCGCAGGUGUUUUGUGAAUUAACUCUUCAUUGAUUAUAUACAACAAAAAAUAGUUAUGGCGACUUUCAGAAACAGUCACGUGAAGACUAAAGCAUCUGUGAGAAAAAGCUUCAGUGAAGAUGUGUUCCAGUCUGUAAAGUCUUUAUUGCAGAGUGAGAAGGAACUAUGCAGUGUAACAGCAGAGGACUGUUUACAGCAGGAUGAGCAUGCCAAUUUAACUGAGGUCACAUUUCUGGGUUUUAAUGAAGAGACAGAUGCCGCUCAUAUACAGGAUUUAGCUGCAGUUUCUUUGGAACUUCCAGAUAUUCUGAAUUCACUCCACUUCUGCAGUCUAAAUGAAAAUGAAAUUAUUUGUAUGAAGAAUAUAAAUAAACCAUCAGAUAUAAGCAGUGAUCCUCUAAAUCAGAGUCAUCCUUCUGGAAUGCUUUGUGUCAUGAGAGUGUCACCUACAUCACCAAGACUUAGGAUUGAUUUUAUCUUUAGUCUCCUAAGUCAAUAUGCUACUGGUAUAAGGUACACCUUGGACACAUUCUUGCAUCAGAAGCACCAACUUGAGACCACUGAUGAAGAUGAUGAUGAUACUAACCAGUCUGUGUCAUCCAUAGAGGAUGACUUUGUCACUGCUUUUGAGCACUUAGAAGAGGAAGAGACUUCAAAGCCAUACAAUGAUGGAAUGAACAUUACUGUGCUAAGGAGCCAGUGUGACGCUGCUUCCCAGACAGUUACUGGUCAUCAUUUAGAAACCCAUGAUUUAAAGAUUCUCAUUAGCUCCAGACAGCAGAAGUCAUUGGCUAAACCCUCAACUUCCUCAGUGGAUGUCCUGGGACAUAAAGAACUACCUUCUGUGAAAACUUCAGUCACAACAUCAAUUUCAGAGCCUUGGACCCAAAGGAGUUUCUAUAGGUCAUCUAAUGCUUCAGAUAAAGAUAGUGAUUUACAGAAAACAUUUUUUUCGUCUUCUCCUGCCUACUCAUCUGAAUCAGAAUGUUCAAGUCCAAGUCCUGUUAUUUUCUUGGAUGAAGAGGGAUAUCAAAAAAGCUUAAAAGCAAAACUUGAGCUGCCUAAAAUUCCUGUGAUGAAAGAUGAUAUAGAGGAUUCAGAUUCAGAAGUAAGUGAAUUUUUUGAUAGUUUUGAUCAGUUUGAUGAACUAGAACAAACUUUAGAGACUUACCUGUUUAACAAAGAUCCCGUCAUAGGGAAGUCAUCGCAGAAGAAAGGACACAAACAUGGAAAAUCAUGUAUGAAUCCUCAAAAAUUCAAGUUUGAUCGUCCAGCUCUCCCAGCUAAUGUUAGAAAGCCAACUCCUCGUAAACCAGAAUCUCCAUAUGGUAACCUGUGUGAUGCUCCGGAUUCUCCUCGCCCAGUGAAGGCAUCGAGGGAAGAUAGUGGUUUAUUUAGUCCUAUUCGAGCCUCUGCUUUUAGUCCUCUUGGAGGCUGUACUCCAGCUGAAUGUUUUUGCCAAACAGAUAUUGGUGGAGAUAGGAUUCAUGAAAAUCAUGAUUCUGUUUAUUACACCUAUGAAGACUAUGCAAAUAGCAUUUCAUGUGAAGUACUAGGCUCAGUUCUUCGUACCCAGCAUACUAAUGCCCUAUCAAAUAUUAACAGUAUUAAACAUGGAGAAAAUAAAACUGUAACUUUUAAGCAUGGAAACCUUGAACAAAAAAAUAAAUCUAAAAAUAAAUCCUUAAUGAUUAAAGAUAGCAUUCAAAAAUUUGCAGCAGAUCUUGUGGAAAAAAGUUUUGGCAGUGCAUUUAAAGACUUACAGAAAGGAGUCUCUUCAUGUACCAAUGCUUUGUGCCACUUAGCCAUCAAAUUGACAUCAUCUGUUCUUCAGAUGGCAUUUGAUGAGCUGAGAAGGCAGCGUGCAUUUUCACUAAAAGAACGUGCCAUUAGUGGCCUGGCUAACUUUUUGGUGAGUGAAGCUUUAUCAAAUGCCUUGAAAGAUUUACAGUAUGUAAAGAAGCAGAUAUUCACAAACACAGUUGCUAGGUUUGCUGCAGAUCUUGCUGAAGAGCUUGUUUUUGAAGGCAUCAUGGAAGUGUGUCAGUUUUCAUAUCCUCAAACGCCUGCAUCUCCACAGUGUGGGUCGUUUGACUUUGAAGACAAAGUAGUGAAGUCGUAUGCAAAAGAUUUGUCUGAAUCUGUAAUACAGGAAGCGUUCAUUGAGCUAUCACAAGUUGAUGUGACCUUUACAACAAAGGCAGCAGUUAGUGUCUCUACGGAUAAUAUCAAGUAUGUGAGUGCAGAAAGUGUAGUGCCAUCGACACAGGCUGUCACGUUUUCCCCUUCUUUUCACAAUCAAGCGAUUAUGGUGACAAAACCAGUGCAGGAAUAUAAAAAGGAAUACACAGUGCAGCAGGCCUUGUUUUGUACUUCUGGAAUUGUUACUUCUAUACCAGUGCCCUUGGCAGGAAGUGCCCUUCUCCCAUAUCAUAUUUCAUCUACUGCAUGUCAGGCCAAGGCUCAUCUGUCAUCUGAUGAUAGUAAUUCAAAUGGUGAUUCUGCCCAAGUGCAUAUUGCCACAAAAAACAGAGAAGAAAAAGCAGCUUGUCUCAGAAAUAUUUGUUUACCUUCAGAACACAAUCCAGGUAAUCAGAAUGAUUUUAAGCCAACUAAUGAUGAUACUGAAAUGCAGAGUUCCUCAAAAUUACCAAAUGAUCCUGCAGUUAUUAGCAACUUUUCUGCAGCAAUGGUGCAUACGAUAGUAAAUGAAACUUUAGAGUCAAUGACAUCAUUGGAAGUUACAAAAAUGGUUGAUGAACGUACAGAUUAUUUAACUAAAUCUGUAAAGGAGAAAACCCCUCCAUUUUCCCACUGUGAUCAGGCAGUGCUGCAAUGCAGUGAAGCUAGUAGCAAUAAGGACAUGUUUGCUGACCGGUUAUCUAAAUCUAUUAUUAAACAUUCCAUAGAUAAGAGCAAAUCAGUGAUCCCAAAUAUAGAUAAAAAUGCAGUAUACAAGGAAAGCUUGCCUGUUUCUGGAGAAGAAUCACAGUUGACACCAGAAAAGUCUCCCAAAUUUCCUGACUCUCAAAAUCACUUAACUCACUGCUCACUUUCAGCUGCAAAGGACUGUGUUCCAGAAUGUAAAGUUUCUAUGGUUCAUGGAUCCUCCCUAGAGACACUGCCAUCUUGUCCAGCUGUGACAGGUCAGAAAUCUGACUUGAAGGAAUCUGCUAAGGAUCAACCACUGAAAAAGCAUAACUUGAAUAAUACAUCGCUUGAGCCCUUGUCUUUUGGACAGGAAAACCCGUUUCCUCAUUCACAUACUUUCUCAUCUACAGCACUUACCUGUGUAGAUGGUUUGCAUGUGGAAGAUAAACAGAAAGUCAGAGACAGAAAUGUCAUACCUGAUACUCCUCCAUCAACUCCUCUAGUACCAUCCCAGGCUAGUUCUGAAUGGGAUAUCAAAAAGUUAACUAAAAAGCUCAAGGGAGAAUUAGCCAAAGAGUUUGCACCUGCUACACCACCUUCUACUCCACACAACUCAUCUGUUGGUAGUUUGUCUGAGAAUGAACAAAAUACUAUAGAAAAAGAAGAGUUCAUGUUGAAACUCAUGCGAUCUCUUUCUGAAGAAGUUGAGAGUAGUGAAAGUGGAGAGCUCCCAGAAGUGGAUGUGAAGUCGGAGCACUCAGGGAAGAAGGUUCAGUUUGCAGAAGCAUUAGCUACACACAUCCUUUCUCUUGCAACUGAAAUGGCAGCUUCCCAUUUAGAUAAUAAAAUAAUUCAAGAACCCAAGGUUAAAAACGCUUGCUUAAAUGUGCAAAGUCAAAGAAGUGUGUCGCCUACUUUUUUAAACCCCUCAGAUGAAAAUUUGAAAACAUUAUGCAAUUUUGCAGGUGAUCUGGCAGCAGAAGUCAUUACAGAAGCUGAGAAAAUAGCAAAAGUCCAAAAUUGUAUGCUUUUCAAGCAAAAGAAGAACAGUUGUUAUGUUGAUGGUGACCAAGAUUAUAAAGUAGAAGAAAAGUUGGAUAUAGAGGCUGUAGUGCACCCAAGAGAAGUGGAUCCGUUUAUUCUUUCAUUACCACCAAGUUCUUGUAUGUCAGGUCUGAUGUAUAAGUAUCCCAGCUGUGAAAGUGUGACAGAUGAAUUUGCAGGUCACAUUAUUCAGAUACUAAAACAGGAAGGUGGUAAUAGUGAGUUGAUAAUGGAUCAGUAUGCCAAUAGGCUUGCCUACCGAUCUGUUAAAUCAGGAUUACAAGAAGCAUCUAAGACAGCCAAAGUGCAGUGCAACUCAAGAAUGUUCCCUGUGCCAAGUUCACGAGUGAAAACAAACAAGGAACUGUUAAUGUUUUCAAACAAAGAGCACCACCAAGAAGCAGACAAAAAAAGACAAAGUAAAAGAAAUGAAGGUUACUUUUGUAAAAAUCAAACUUGCGAAAGGACCCUGGAUCCAUAUAGAAAUGAGUGCUCUGAACUGUAUGGUUUUUCAACCUCUCUCGUUCACAGCAUAACAAAAGAUGCUGAAGAAGAGCUGACAGCCUCUCUAGUUGGCCUACCAAAAUCCUUAACAGAUUCUUGCUUGUUUGAAAAAUCUGGAUGUGAAGAAGAUAAUGAGUGUCAUGUUACUCCAGAAUUGCCUAAGUCUCUUCAGCCUUCCUCACAAAAUCACAGGUUUUACCACAGCACUGACAGUUUAAAUGGAUAUGGUUGUGGAGACAAUGUUGUUCAAGCUGUAGAACAGUAUGCCAAAAAAGUAGUGGAUGACACUCUAGAGCUAACUCUAGGAUCUACAGUGUUCCGAGUGUCUGAGACCACAAAAUCAGCAGACAGGGUCACUUAUGCAGAAAAGUUGUCACCUCUUACAGGUCAAGCUUGCAGAUAUUGUGACCUUAAAGAACUCCACAAUUGCACUGGAAGUUCAUCUCAGCACUUUUUCAGACAGGGUUCUCUCGCCAGUAGUAAGCCAGCUUCUAAUCCAAAAUUUAGCAGCCGCUAUCAGAAAUCUAGGAUUUUUCAUCUCAGUGUCCCUCAGAUUCAUGUUAAUCUUGAUAAGAAGGCAGUGCUUGCUGAGAAGAUAGUUGCUGAAGCCAUUGAAAAAGCUGAGCGAGAGCUGAGUAGUACCAGCCUGGCAGCCGACAGUGGGAUCGGACAGGAAGGUGCCAGCUUUGCUGAAAGCCUUGCCACAGAAAUCAUGACAGCAGCUGUCACAAAUGUUGGGCAUGCUGUUAGCAGUUCAAAAGAAAUAGAAGACUUUCAGUCAACCGAGUCUGUCGGUAGCCAGCAGAUGAACCUCAGUAUUGGUGAUGACAGCACUGGUAGCUGGUCCAAUUUAAGUUUUGAAGAUGAACACCAAGAUGAAAGCAGCAGUUUUCAUCAUCUAAGUGAAAGUAAUGGUAACAGCAGUAGCUGGAGCAGUCUUGGUUUAGAAGGAGAUUUGUAUGAGGACAAUUUAUCCUUUCCAACAUCAGACAGUGAUGGACCAGAUGAUAAAGAUGAAGAGCAUGAGGACGAAGUAGAAGGUGUGGGGCAAGAUGGAAAGACACUGCUAAUUACGAAUAUUGACAUGGAGCCAUGCGCGGUAGACCCCCAGCUAAGGAUUAUUCUUCAAUGGCUCAUUGCCUCUGAGGCUGAAGUUGCAGAACUUUAUUUUCAUGACUCUGCAAAUAAGGAGUUGAUGCUACUUUCAAAACAAUUACAAGAGAAAGGAUGGAAAGUGGGAGACCUCCUGCAGGCUGUGCUUCAAUACUAUGAAGUGAUGGAAAAAGCUUCCAGUGAGGAGAGAUGCAAGUCGCUGUUUGAUUGGCUCUUGGAAAAUGCAUAGAGCAAACCCCAAACCAGUAUAUUUUAGUAUUUGUUUGGGGAGGGGAACAAGCCAAUAAAGAUAUUUAGGAUAAAAUUUGAAUAGUGAAUAUUAACAUUGUAAGUCAGUUGGGAGGCAAGUAAAUAUAGCUUUCUGAGCGCUUUGUGUUAUCACUCGGUGUAUAUAGUUCAUACUUUUGUAAUCUGUCAAAAUACUACCUUCAUUUAUUCUUCUAUACACGUGUGUAGUGUGUCAAGACCCUAAGAACAUGUAUUUGAAGGAAGGUCUAACCAGGGGGUUUUCAGGGGCAUUGUCUGACCACAUUCUUUUUGUAUCCAAAUAGUGCUGCUAGAAACUGUACUGAAGUGGCUGAGGAUAGGUUCCAGUGAUAGAAUUAUAAUUUUGCUCCUUUGCAAACAAAUCGUAUCUAAUUAAUAACUAGUCUGACAUCAGAAAAUAAAAUUGAGGCUGAUUUUUUAAAAUUUCUAGUAGAUUUUUGGUCUUUCUUUCCUGUUUUUAAAAAUCAGUUUCAUUUUCAUAUUUCAUAGAUCAGCUAUUGGUAGCUUUUUGAUUUCCCCAAACUAUUUAAUUUCUUAGCAGAAACAUUAGUAUUUUAGGUUUCUAUAAACACUAUAAGUGAUAGUUUCCCCCAUCGUUUCAUCAGAUGACAUUAUUUGCCAAUGCUGCCAGUCAUUCUGGCAUGAAAGUGGUGUGCGUGUGUGUGUGUGUAUGUAAAGGAGUACUUUAACCUUGCCAGUUUGUUCCCUCUUUUAUUUAACUGUUUUCUUUUUAGAAACCCACUGUUAAAAUUUAAAAAGGUGCUUUAAAAUAAAACGCCUAUAAAGAUUGUGCAGUAAGAAUUUUUAUUCCUCUUUUUGACAAUUUUGGGUUCCCAACUUAUCUUACAAGUGAAAACUGAAAUUGUAAAACGUGUUGAAAUUUUAAAAAUUAAUGUUAAUAUGGAAAUGCAUUUAGAGAAACCCAAUAGUUUUUAUUGUUGGAUUUUUGAAAAAAACUCUACCAAGAAUAUGGUUUUUUUUCUUUUUUUUAGAAAAAUUGGGAUUCCACCUCCCCCUCCCCCCCGCCCAGAUAAACUAUAUCUACACUGUGUCGUCAAGUUCUCUGACAUGAUCUUUCUGGGCUCUACACUUCCUACUAGUUUGUGUCCAGAAACUGCAAGUUGACAUGAAUAGAGGACCAAGGUUGUGUCUUGCUUUUGUCUCUCUCUCUCCCCUCCCUGCAACUCUCUUUCCCCUCCUCCCACUCUCUCCCUGCUCCCCCCACUCUCUUCCCCCUCCCCCUCCUCCCACUGUCUCUCACCUCCCCUGCCCCCCCACUCUCUCUCAUCUCUCUCUGUCCUGUGUAUGUGUGGGUGUGUGUGUAUUUGGGUGUGUAAAUGUUGGUUCUUCCACUACUGGAUUUUGUAAUCUAGGAUAAAUCACUUUUUGUGGGGGCUUUUAUUUUGCUCCAUUACAUUUUCAUUUUUUCUGAGCACUGACUGUUCUGAAAGCUGCACAAAACGUAGAAGACAUAGUGCCUGCCAGGGAAUAGGGAAUAAGGGCACUUACACAUUAAUGUGAAUUAGUAAUUGUGGUAUAGAAAUGUUUUAUAGUGAAAGAUUCAAAUUUGCUUUUGAAGAAAAAUGCCAAAAGCUAUUUAAAUAAUUUGAGGUUACAUCGUAGGUUUUGAUUUUUCUCAAUUUAAGAUACAGAAAUACAGCAAGCCUUAAUAUAAAGUUUCCUAAAGUUUCUUCAAGUAUUUUUUAAGGUGGAGAAAUGCAGGAAUUGUAUAACCAGAAUUGUUUCUGCCUUUAGCUUUUCAGAACUUGAGAUGUGGCAGCACUGGACUGGGUUUUUUUAAAUGUUAGGACUAGGAAUGUUUGCUCUUGUUAGUUGUGAAUUAAUUGAUUAUUAAGUUUAGAAUGCAUUUUUACAAGUGUCUAUCAAAUUGUGUUUAGUAACUUGAGUGUAUGCACAAGUUUGAUCAACAGCAAAAUAGAGUUCUGAAUUUCUUUUAAAGUGACGGUAUAUUAUUUUGUGAAACUUUGUGUUUGAAAAUGUUUAUUUCUGUUUAUGCUGUAAUCAUUCUGAGGUGAGGCUUUUCUUAUUUCCUUUGCAUUUUGCUAGAGCUGUGCUGAGUUCAGCAUUUGCUUAUUUAACCACUACAUAAUGACAGACCAGUUAUUAGGUAUUAGCAUGUGUGGUAAUAAUAAUAGUGGAACUUCACACUUACAUCAAUUCAGUGCAGGGGCAUAGAGUAAAAUAUUAGAUAUUGGCAGAUGUGUGAAAAGAAGUGUGAGUUAAAAAUAUUAAAUAUUGGCAGGUGUGAAAAGAAGUGUCAAAAUUUCUCAUAUAGAGAAAAGAAUUUUGAGUUUAGAGCAUUAUCUUUUAAUUAAGUAUAGUCUAAACUUAACUUUCUUUAAAGGCACUUUGUGGUUUUCCCAAAGAUGUUCUAGAUCUAUUUGGUUGCUGUAUAGUCAAACAGCUCUUUUGAAGACAACUGUCUUAUUUUCUUACAAAUUGGCUUGCCAUAUUUAUACUGUAAGAUUGUAAUAUUGCUGUGCUGUACAUUUUGGCCCUUACGAAAUACGUCUUUUUCAGAACUGUUAAAGUGUUGAUGUACAUCGAGCUGAAUUAUCUUUUUACCAUUUUCAAAACCUUCAAGUGGUAUGUGGAAAAAAGUGAAUGAGACCUCUGAUGGGGGUUUUCAGAACCUUGUUCACACCGAAAUGUGACAGUUCUUUCAUGUUUUCCUAAACCAAGUUAAAAUUACAUGUAUAUUUUGGUGUUAAGGUUGAUUUUUAAGAUACUUCUGAUUUAUACAAAAGGAAUGUUUCCUUUAUAAAUCACAGAAGAAAAUGACAAUAUCUGUUGGAUAUUUGAUAUAAUUUAAUGGCGUUAUAAAACCUUUAAGAGGAUUGAUGGUGAAUAUAUGUGAUAACAUCUUUAUACUUUGAAAAAUGUUCCACUUACCCUUCAGAUAUUUGUUGUAAGUUAAUUCAAUUCUUAAUACUUUAAUUUUGCUCCAACAAGGGCUUUAUGUUGCUGGUAAGAGAAUUUAUUUACUAAAUGCACUAUGUAUAAAGUGAAAGAUAGUUUACUUAUCUGACUUUGAUAUUAGAUGGCUGACAUUAGUGCACAUAAUGCAGAGUUUAACCUUGAUUCUUCAACAGAGUCCAGAUUUAAAUGUCUACUUAGUUAAUUAGUUAGCUGAUAUUCUUCCACAAUUAAUAUAUUCAAUUUCCCAUCAGUAUAUCACUUUAAAUAUUACGUUUUUCUAAGGAAAUCUUCCACAGAAUUUUAAACAACUGAUGCAUCCAUACUCAGGGUGUAGAGAGAAUACUUUGCAUUUAAAAACCCUGUCCACCUGUCACCAGCACAAGAGAAUUAGAGCUUCAGUGAGAAUUUAGAAAAAUUAUACUAAAGUGAGAUGCAUUUUUUCUCAUUUUCAGCAGAACUCCUCUAAGCAUUUACUCAUUUACUGUAUUCCUGCUCUGAAGAUGUGGAUACAGAAUUAGUCACUCUUGUCACUUUAUUUAUUUAUUGGGUUUUUUUUAACCAUCUGUGUACAUUCCUUUCAUAGGGUAGAGUUGUAGUUCUAGAGGUUCUUAUUUUGUUUUUGUUGUAAUGUUUGAAUACUAUUUAAUAUCCGGUUUUAAUAUUGCUGGAUUUGCUACCUUUGGUUACUUGUGCAGUGUUAAAAGUAAUCCACUUUCUUGUUUAACAUACCAGAUACAUAGCAAAAGCAGCUUGGAAUAAUUAUAGCUGUUUAUUUGGCUGUGCUCAGUUACUAUAUUAAGAUCUUGUACUGUGUAACAGUAACUCUUUUUUGCUUUUCAGUAAUUUAAUAUGUUCACUUAACAAAAUACGAACUUUGAGAUGCACUAAAAUUUUGUUUUAGCAGUGGCUCAAAAAAUUUCAGAAAUUACUUUUGUAAUUAUUUGCAAUUAAUUGUUCUUUUAUCUUACAAUUGUUUAAGCCUGUGAUCUUUCUUCUCCCAGCUAAGAGUUCUUCAAUAAAUUUAAGAAAUACCUGG